UUCGACUCAGCCCACCAGUCGUCGUCAGUCUUUGGCGAGUUGUCGCUCAAAACAGAACGUUUCGGCUUUGAAAAGCUUUGAUUUUGUGGUUGAAUUAAUUUGAAUUUCUUGUCUUUUACCUUACUUCAAGUCGGUUAAGUUCAAGUGAAACGCAAUAAAAUGAAUUUCAUUAGUUGUCGUGCAAUUACCCGCGUGAAGGAUAAAACCCACGUGAUAUCACAAAAGUACGCGUCCCUAAUCACCCCGAGAUUUUAUCACUCCUCAAAGCCCCUCCGCUGCGCUGGCGCCACGUCCUCCGGCCUCGCGCAGGAGCAGUCCCAAAGCUACAUCCACCACAUCGGCAAGGAACCGCUGGUGUACCGGAACGUGGGUCAGCACCUCCGCCUGGCCGCCGAAAAGUAUCCCAACAACGAGGCGAUCGUGUCCUGUCACCAGGCCCAACGGCUCACCUACUCGGACGUGCUGGAAAAGGUAGAUCGCAUCGCUGCGUCCUUCUAUCAGCUGGGCCUUAAGAAGGGCGAUCGCGUCGGAAUUUGGGCGCCCAACGGAACCCAGUUCUACCUGUCGACGCUGGCGGCCGCGCGUGCCGGGAUGAUUUCGGUCGUCAUCAACCCAGCGUACCAAAUUCCGGAAAUUGAGUACGCCAUCAAAAAGGUGGGCGUCAAAGCAAUUUACAUCCCCGAGCGUUACCUAUCGCAAAGAUACUACGAAAUGCUGGCCCAACUGGCCCCCGAAUUGGCCACAUCCAAACCAGGCGAACUCCAAAGCUCCAAACUGCCCUCGCUAUCUGCGGUCAUCGUUGACAGUGAGUCGGGUGGAAAGCUACCAGGAACCGUUCAAUACCAGGACCUGUUCACGCUAUCCUCUUCCGAGGAUCAGUCCAAAAUUGAGUCCCUGCAGUCGCAAAUCUCCCCCGAUAGUGGAGUCAACAUUCAGUUCACGUCCGGAACGACCGGCCAACCUAAGGCUGCCCUCAUGUCCCAUUACGGCUUCGUCAACAACGGCAUCCACAUCGGGUUCCGGAACGAGUUCAACCUCAAAGAUCACCGCAUCUGUGUUCAGACGCCCUUUUUCCACGUGUUCGGAAUGGUCAUCGGCAUUGUGGCCGCGAUGAGUUACGGCACUACGCUGGUGCUUCCGGGACCGGGGUUCAAAGUGGCCGAGUCGUUGGAGGCAAUCGAUAAAGAGAAAUGCACUGUUAUCUACGGAACACCAACCAUGUACGUCGACUUGGUGCGAAGAGUCCGGGAAGCGAACAUCAAGCUACCUCCGAUUGAUCUGGCCGUCACGGGUGGGGCGAUCUGCUCGCCAAAGCUUUUCGAAGACAUCCAGGAGGUGUUGGGAGUUCGACAGGUGAAAACUGUCUUCGGUAUGACGGAAGCAUCGGCCGUGCUGUUCCAAUCGUUGUUCAACGAAUCCAAGGAUAAGGUUUUACAGACCGUUGGUCACCUGCACGAUCACUACGAAGCGAAGGUGGUGGACGCGAAUGGAAAUACAGUCCCGAUGGGAGCUCCCGGAGAGCUGUGGGUUCGUGGCUACGGAACCAUGCUCGGGUACUGGGGUGAUCCUCAGAAGACCAAGGAAACCAUCGACGUGGACAAGUGGCUCAAGACUGGGGAUCAAUUCGAGCUGCGGCCGGAUGGCUAUGGGAAGAUUGUCGGUCGCAUGAAGGAAAUGGUCAUCCGUGGAGGGAACAUCUACCCGAAAGAGCUGGAAGACUUUCUGAACACGCAUCCAAAGAUUCUGGAGACGCACUGCAUCGGGGUUCCGGACGAGCGGAUGGGAGAAGAGCUUUGUGCAUACGUGCGACUGAAGGACGAAGGUCAAUCGUUGGAACACGCGGAAAUGAAACAGUUCUGCAAGGGGAAAAUCUCACACUUUAAAAUUCCCAAGUAUUUACGGAUAGUGGACGAGUUCCCGAAGACAGUGUCCGGAAAGAUUCAGAAGUUCAAACUUGUCGAACGUUUUAAGGCUGAGAAUUAAUAAAUAAAUGUGACUGCAA